AUCCGCGCAGUUCUUCGCGACGAGUUCCGCCAGCUGCCCAAGAGCGUCCGCGUGGCGGCGGGAGAGUCGGCGACGCUGGAGUGCCUGCCUCCCAGGGGCCACCCCGAGCCCACGGUCACCUGGUUCAAGGACGGCGCCCAGGUGCAGCCGGGCACGGGGCGCGUCCGCCUCCUGGCCCAGGGAUCCCUGCUCGUCGCCGACGUGCGGCCCUCCGACCAGGGCCGCUACGUGUGCCGGGCGGCCAACAUGCUCGGCACCAGGGACUCGCCGCCCGCGCUGCUCUCCGUGCACACGAAGCCCUACUUUGUCCGAGUCCCGGAAGACGUGACAACGCUCGCAGAAGAAUCUGUUCAGUUCGAGUGCGAAGUCAAUGGUGACCCCAACCCGACGGUCACCUGGAGGAGGCAGAAUGGAAAGAUGCCCAUUGGAAGGGCAUACGUUCAAGAGGACAAGAGUCUGCACAUCAAGAAUGUCGUUCCUUCAGACCAGGGAACAUACAUUUGUGAAUCAGAAAACAUUGUUGGCGAAGCUUCUGCUUCUGCGACACUUACUGUACAGUCACGUCCGACAUUCCGCCUCACUCCUCAGGACCAGAAAGUAGGCCUCAACGGUGUCGCCAAAUUUGACUGUCUCGCGACAGGCAACCCCCGACCCUCCGUGUUCUGGACCCGAGAAGGCAACCAGGUGCUGAUGUUUCCGGGCAAGUCACAUGGCCGCUUCUCGGUCAGUCACGAAGGCACGCUGACCAUCACCGGGGUGCGCAAAGAGGACCGCGGCUACUACGUCUGCUCGGCCUUGUCCGUUGUUGGCUCGAGCAUGGCUAAAGGUCGCCUGGAGGUCACGGCGCUCGCCGACCUCCCGCCGCCGGUCGUACGACUGGGUCCGGCCAACCAGACGCUGCCGUUGCACACGACGGCCCAGCUACCGUGCGAGGCUGCUGGCACGCCCACGCCUUCCGUGCAGUGGCUGUACAACGGCUCUCCCCUGAGCUUCGAGGAUCGGCCCCGAUUCACGCAGCUAGGGACUGGCAUGCUGCAGAUACAAGACCUCCAGUUAUCGGACAGCGGUGCGUAUACUUGCAAGGCUUCAAGUGAAAGCGGCGAGACUUCCUGGACUGUGUCUCUCACUGUUGACUCGCCACACAAUCCAAACUUGAAUUUUCAUCGUUCUCCUGACCCCUCGACAUUCCCCGGACCUCCUUCACAGCCUGUGGCGGUAAAUACAACGGAGACUUCGAUAACCCUAGCUUGGAAACGGAGCGAGAAAGUGGGCGCAUCAUCCCUCAAGGGAUACACAAUUGAGUACUACAGCAGUGACCUCCAAAGUGGAUGGGUUCUGGCAGCCCAUCGAAUCUUUGCUGAAAUGUACACCGUCCAAGCCUUGCGUCCCGACUCACGCUACAUAUUCAUCGUUCGAGCUGAAAAUGCUCAUGGUCUCGGUGUUCCCAGCCCUGCCUCUGAUACUAUAAGAACCUUAGGACCGACGGCGCACUUUCUACCAGAGUACAACCUUGACGAAGCACGAGCUAAGCUUAGUGCCACUGUGGUGACCCUUCAAGACAUACGUGCCAUGAGUUCCACAGCUGUCAAGUUGAAUUGGAAGGUUCAAGGCAGCAAGGACUAUGUGGAGGGCUUUUACGUGUGGUUUCAGGACAUGAGUGGCGUUUCGCAGAAGUACAACAUGGUGACCGUGCUGAACGAUGGAGCCCUGUCUUAUGUACUGAACGACCUUAGGAAGUUCACGAAGUACGAAUUCUUUCUUGUGCCCUUCUACAGAAGUGUUGAAGGCCCGCCUAGCAACUCGAGAAGUGUUCAAACGCUUGAAGAUGUGCCAACAGCCCCACCAGACAGUGUGGAAGUUCAUGUUCUCAACAGCACAACUGCGACCAUAUUUUGGUCUCCCCCACCUCCUCAGCAUCGCAAUGGAAAACUUAGAGGAUACAAUGUGUACGUAAAUGGUAAUGCCUCUGACCGUCACUUCAGUCAAAGCACAAACUCCACAACUAACAGCCUAACAGUAAGCAACCUGAAGACAGGAGCCAUAUACGAAGCACGCGUGGUUGCCGUCACUACUGUUGGUGGGGGACCAGCCAGCAGCCCUUUCCGCUUCAAGAUGGAAAGCCCCACGUCGUCAACGCCACAUUCUACUUCCCUUCAAAACAUCGUGACCCAGUCAUGGUUCAUUGCACUUUUCGGAUUCUUGCUUCUGGCAGCAGUAACUAUCUUCGUGAUAAUUCUAAUACGAAAAAGACGGCUAGAACACGCAAAGACAAUUAUAACAGCUCCAGUGCAUAAGCAAGAAGACAUCAGAAAUUGCUUCAAUUCCUUCUCUAAUCCUGGCGGCCUGAGCCCUCACGAUGCCUUGUGGGUUGAUCAUAGUGCCUGGAGAGCUUCUGACUCAUCUAAGGAGCCCUUCUGUGAAAGAAAGUCUGUUAACAAGAUGAGCUGUGCUUCGAAUGAUCUUAACUAUUCUAGUGUCUACGCACCUUUAAGCUGUGGCAUCGAUGCCUGUGACUAUGCAGAAGUGGACACUUUCAACAUGACCUCUUUCUACAAAAAGGACCUUCCUUCUGUCCCAGAACCUUAUGCUACUACCACGCUGAUAAGCACUUCAUUCCAGAAGAGCUUGAACGAUUCAGCUAACGAUAGUCGCAGUGGAAGCUCGGAAAAAGAUAGAAGCCGGACAUCAGACAAGGUUCUUGAUCAGGAACUGAAACGCACAAAUGAAGAUGCCGUUACAGACCGGCUCUUGGAAUCAGACAUGCUUGCUAUUCCAACCAGUGACUCGGGGAGUUACACAACAGGUGAGUGCGGGAUGCCUGUAAAAGAAAGUCGCCAAAAGUUUUCACGCGAGCGAGCCAUCUCCAGGGUACCUUUCAUGAAUUGGUCAGAAAUAAUUCCUCCGCCCCAUGAGAAGCCACCUAGUGACGUUGGUUCCGAAAUAAAUACCCCUGCAUCCCUCAGAAGGACCUCACCUUCCAAUGAACAGAUCCCGAAGAGCACCCAACCAACUGUAGUCCAGCCAUCCCACAACUUCAGAGUAGUGCAGGGCCUCCCGCGACUCCCAGCGCCUUCACCUAAGGGUUCCCUGGACCAAUCCAACAACAGCCUUGGGAGCGUCUAUGAAGAUUCCUACAAGGGGGCCCCUCCCUUCCUGCCCAGGGCAGCAAAGUCUCUACUGAAGCCUUUACAACCCCAGCACAUUCAACAGCAGCAGCAAUAUCGCCAGCAAAUGUUCAGCAACAAUUUUAUGGACCGAGGUGUACAGUCAUCACUGCCAUCGCUCAUUAGCGAGCCCACAUCCUUAAACCCUGCCAUGGAGCUAUCAGGUCCACGACUGGCCACGCUUCAAGGCCACAUCUACCAGCCAGUAGUUGCAGAGUCAGAUGCGGAUGACAUGUCGCUACCACAGGUAUUGGAGUCCAGCGUUGUUGGGGAAACAUAUUAUGCACCCAGCCACACACUUUCUUGGGCCAGCACAACAGAGCUGAGCAACAGCUCUUGUACAAGUGGCUGCUCCAGCGGGGAAAGUUCUUACGACGACUCUGUCUACAAUGAAGGGGACUUCGCAAGUGCAGUAAUGCAGGCAGCACAGAAUGCUGGAUUACAGGUCAAUGGCUCGGUCAUCUCUGCAGCACCUUCAGCAGCAGCGCAAGGUGGCCAAAAAACUGCUUCUGAAUGGCUGAUUGAUAAGCGAAGUGAUGAGGUGACAAGCACACGGAGGCAUGGAAGCAAAAUGCUUAGUCAUCACCCCAAAAAUAAAGGGAGCUCGUACGAGCAACAAAACUUCCCAAUAUAUGACAACCCUUCUGACAUGGCGACGACUCCGAGUAUAUCAGGGAAGCGGAGUUGGAAAAUAGCCAGUUGAUAUGAUGUCACUGGCCAACCUUGCCACUCAAACAACACGGCGGUAGGCGUUUCUGACAAUGAAAAGGCUAGGAGCAACUCAGACAAGACAUAAGGGGACCUUUGAAUCAUGGGUUGACAUGAAUAUGGUCGAUCUUCAAGCAAAGUUUCUCAUUUACCCUCGAUAUGACUAUACCAGCUCAAUGAGGGCCCUGCACCUGAAUCGCCGAGUGUGAUACUGCCACAUACGGAUGCAAAGACGAAAGCGCCAGAGGAAAUAACUGUUUCAGCUUUGAUGUGAUGUGCUUACCAAGUGACUUCCUUCCGUUGCUGAAAAAAUGAAGAAUCUUAGUUUAUGUGACAAGGCCACCAAAGUACGCAAGAGGAUGUUGUGUGUGCCAAAGAAGGAAUGCCGUGCUGCAAUAAUUAGGAAAUUAUAGGACCUGCCAGAAGACAAGACGUUGUAGAGUGCGCGUCCACGAAAUGUGCAAGUGUAUGUAUGUGUGUGAGGGGGGAGCUAGGUGUAAAAAUGUGUGAGAGCAUCUGUAUAAAUGUGUAUGCGAAAAACGCAAGCAGAACUCAUUUUGUGUACGUUAAACUUCAGUGUGCAUAAUGGCGGCCAUUGUAUGUGGCACAGUCUUACUCAGCACCUAAAUCUCAGCAUAUCAACAGACGCACUGCCCAUUUUGUGAUGUUCCGCCAUUUGUAAGUUAGAGUGAGUACGUAUUACUAUGAUUAGAAGGUACAGCGUGGGAAAAAACAGGCACAAUUGGAUAAAGUAGGUGCUAGAAACUCAUUGACUAGUUCUGCGUCAGGGCACCAAGUCAUAAAUUCCAUGCCUGCCUUGUUCCAUGCUGCACAUUCGAGUCAUUUUUGAUGGUUGAAGCAGCGAUAUCGGCCACUGUUCCUCUGUAGCACAGUUUUUGUCGCAUUUCUCAGUGGUCGCUGGCUGGUGUACAGGCAACACCAGCAUAUUUUCAAGCAGGUACUAUGCACUGCUGCAUCUUAAUUUAUUGCUAAAUAUUUAUUUUAAGACGAGAAUAGUACCGGCAAAAAGAAUGUGUAUGUACAGAGCG